UGAAUUUAUUAUUUAAGUAAUAAAACAGAUUUCUUUCUUAUUGAUUGUACGAGCAGUCGGUAAGGAAUUAUUAAAAUGAUGUAUAAAAAAGUAAAUAGGUCAAAAUCCUUUCACUUGCUAGAAUUAAUCCCUCAAAGUCUUUACGAUGGCACGAAUAGAAAGUGUAAUAGUUAAAUCAAAUUUUAUAUUUUUGAAAGAAUCAAUUUAUAAUACGAAGAUUAUUGUAUGAAAUGUCAAAGUGAAAUUAUUUAAAUAUUAAUUAUAUAAUGAAUUAAUAGAAAUAAAUUAUAAGUAUUAUUUUAAAUUUUUACAACAAAUAUUUUUAUUACAUUAUUUAUAAUACAUUAAAAUUACAUAAUUGUAAUACAUUAAAUAAUGACUAAUAAAAUAAAAGAUAAUACUGUUCAAAUAGUAUUUGUUUCUUUACUAUUGGAUCUUCUGGCAUUUACUAUGAUAUUACCAUUAUUACCAGCCUUAUUAGAUUAUUAUAAAGAAAUAGAAAAAAAUCAAGGUUUAUAUUUUAAAAUUUUAUAUUAUGUACAAAAUACAAGAAAAUUUUUUGAUGCUCCUGAUAAGAUCAAUACAGUGCUUUAUGGAGGUUUCCUUGGUUCUAUGUAUUCCUUUUUACAAUUUUUAAGUUCUCCAAUAGUGGGAGCAUUAUCAGAUAUAUAUGGAAGAAAACCAUUGAUGAUAUGUUGUUUAAUAGGAAUUGCUUUGUCUUAUCUGUUAUGGGCAUUUUCUUGUAAUUUUGCUAUAUUUGUAUUAGCAAGAUUUAUUGGAGGUAUUAGUAAAGGAAAUAUUAAUUUAUCAAUGGCUAUUAUUAGUGAUGUUACUUCUCCAAAAACAAGAGGAAAAGCAAUGGUUAAUAUUUUUUAUUUUCAGGCACUUAUUGGUAUAGCUUUUUCUAUAGGUUUUGUAGUAGGUCCAAUGAUUGGAGCAUUUUUUGCAUGGACUUUCAGUGAUAAUAGAAAAGAAGCAUGGUAUAUAAUACCUGCUGUAUUUGCUUUUUUUUUAGCAACAAGCGAUUUAUGUUUUAUUGUUUAUUAUUUAAAGGAAUCUUUACCACAGAAAUAUAGAAGCAGUAAUCUUAUAUCUGGAAUAUCUGGAAUUAUUACUUACAUUAAUCCUAUAGAUUUAUUCCAAUUUAAUGGAGUAUUUGGUUUAAGUUUACAAGACAAAAAAAAUUUAAAAACACUGGGUUGUGCAUAUUUCAUAUAUUUGUUUAUAUAUAGUGGCUUGGAAUUUACUUUAACCUUCUUAACUCAUUAUUUAUUUAAAUUUACAAGCAUGCAACAAGGAUGGAUGUUUUUGGGAAUUGGAUUAAUUAUGGCAAUCUUACAAGGAAGUUGGAUACGAACAAUUCCAUCUAAUAAAACAAAAUCUAUUGCAGAAUUGGGUUUAUGGUUGAUUAUUCCAGCAUUUAUUUGUAUAGGUUUAGCAAAUGAUAUAUUAACAUUGUCAAUUGGAUUAUGUCUGUUUGCAAUUUCCACUGCUAUGGUUGUUACUUGUAUGAUGACUCUUGUAACUCAUAUUGGUCCUGAUUAUCAAAAAGGUGCAAUAACAGGUGUUUUUCGUUCUCUUGGAGCAUUAGCACGAGCUUGUGGACCUAUUGUAGCUUCUUCAGCUUUUUGGUGCAUUGGUAGUAAAGCAACAUAUCUUAUAGGUGCUAUAUUUCUUGUACUUCCACCUGUAAUUCUUCAAAUGAUGAAAUCAUUUUAAUAUAAUUUAAUAACAUUUGUUUAAAUAUUACAUAUUUAUAUUUUUACAGUAUUUUUAUAUAUUUUAUAAAUUGUAUUAUAUAAAUAUCUUAUAAAAAAAGAAUUUUUUGUGCAAUUAUGUAUUAUGAUGAAAAGUAUUAUAUAAUUAUAUAUUUUAAUAUUUAAA